AGGUAUCUGAAGAAAUAACAUCAAGAUGAACUUCUUCCUGGAAACAUUCAAAGUCAUCGGACUUCUUGUUUAUUAUUUGCUGGAGUCGCUAGUGUUCCUGGUUGUGCCUAGAAGGAAGAAGAAUGUCAGUGGUGAAAUAGUAUUAAUAACAGGAGCGGGAAGUGGCAUUGGAAGACUCUUAUCCUUAAAGUUUGCCAGCCUUGGAGCCACAGUGGUUCUCUGGGACAUUAAUCAAGAGGGGCUCAAGGAGACAAGUAGACUGGCCAGAGAAAAUGGAGCAGCGAGAGUACACUGCUACAUCUGUGACUGUAGCAAAAGGCAGGACGUCUACAGAGUAGCUGAUCAGGUUAAAAAAGAAGUUGGUGAUGUUAGCAUCCUAGUCAACAACGCUGGCAUUGUAACUGGGAAGACAUUUAUUGAUUCUCCAGAUUCACUUGUGGAAAAAACCAUGGAAGUGAACAUAAUGGCACACUUCUGGACUUACAAAGCCUUCCUCCCAGCAAUGAUCGCCUCUAACCAUGGACACUUGGUUAGUAUUGCAAGCUCAGCAGGACUGAUUGGAGUCAAUGGUCUUUCAGAUUACUGUGCAAGUAAAUUUGCAGCAGUUGGUUUUGCGGAGUCAGUUGAUUUAGAGAUGAGAGAUCUGCGAAAGACCGGUGUUAAAACCACAAUUGUGUGUCCUUAUAUCAUAAACACAGGAAUGUUUGAUGGCUGUAGGACCAGGUGGCCAAGACUCCUUCCUACUCUGGAGCCAGAGUAUGUGGCCGAGAAGAUAAUCACUGCUAUUCGGCAGGACCAAGAAAUAUUGCAGCUACCACGCAGUCUUUAUUUUUUGAUUGCUUUGAAAAGUGUACUACCAGUGAAAGCAGGUAUUCUCUUCGCGGAAUAUUUUGGAAACUUCCGUAUCAUGGAUAGCUUCAAAGGUCGAGCGAAGAAGGACUGA